GCCUGAUGACUCCGUGUGGUUCCUUGCCAAAGAGCGCACACACGCGACUCGGCAGCGCGCCUCCGCUGCGAGGGAUGGCUAAACAUUACGCACUCCGUCCGCACUGAGACAGACGCGUCCAGCGAGGCAACACGUCUGCGUUCAGAUGCAGGGACGACAUCCACAGUCCUGCCCGCAUUCCGGGGGACAGGAUGCGGACUCCUGAGCCGGGACUGUGGUUGCCGUGUGUCGUCGCUGCGCAGUAACGAGCGGGUAACGGAACGAUCUGCUGCGCCGUGAAGAAUGUCUGGAGGUCCGUGUGCAGCUCCUGUGACUGGGAAAGUUGUUCGCUGGUUGUUUUGAUCCGAGACAAGAUGCAUUUGUUCCGGAGUCACAAUUAUCAAGUGUUCCCGGACCGCUACUCAGUGGAGACACCGACCAUACGAGGCAUCAGCUGGACUCCGCUGCCAGAGGCCCUGGAUUCAAAGGACACUAUGAAGCAGUUUCUUUCAGAUCGCGUCGUAAAGGCGGCGAGGUCAGUGUACAGCGUCAUGAUCGAGAGGAACCCCGGCCUGGUCCGAGACAGAAAGCAUCACCUCAAAACAUACAGACAAUGCUGCUCUGGUAAGGAGCUUGUUGAUUGGCUGAUGAAACAAAACGAGUGCCUGCAAUCAAGAAGUCAGGCAGUUGGAAUGUGGCAGGUCCUGGUGGAUGAAGGGAUCCUUGUUCACGUGAAACACGAGCUGAACUUCCACGACAAGGACGCCCAGUUUUACCGCUUCCAGGACUCCGAGUGCGGCCCAAACCACAUCUCAAACGAGAAGGACUCGGAGGACGAGCUGCAGGAGGGUCUGUCACUGCUGUCUCAGCUGGGCCCCGAUGCUCUGCUCACGAUGAUUCUACGCAAGUGCCCCAGUCAGAGGAGCGCUGAGGACCUGGAGGUCAUCUACGAGGAGCUGCUUCACGUCAAGGCUGCAGCUCACCUCUCCACUUCUGUGCGUAAGGAGCUGGCAGCGGUGCUGGUCUUUGAAUCACAUGCCAAGGCCGGAACAGUCUUGUUCAGUCAGGGGGACAAAGGCACUUCUUGGUACAUCAUCUGGAAAGGUUCUGUAAAUGUGAUCACACAUGGGAAGGGCCUGGUAACCACACUGCACGAGGGCGAGGACUUUGGGCAGCUAGCUUUGCUGAACGAUGCACCUCGUGCUGCCACCAUCAUCUUGAGAGAAGACAACUGCCAUUUCCUGCGUGUUGAUAAGCAGGACUUUAUACGCAUCCUCAAGGAUGUUGAGGCUAAUACGGUGCGUCUCGAGGAGCACGGGAAAACCGUGCUGGUGCUGGAGAAGAGCACCGACUGGGACGAGCAGGGCGGAGCAGGAAACAACAGCAAGUACACUGUUAUGUCAGGAACACCUGAGAAAAUCCUGGAACACCUGUUGGAAACCGUAAAGUUGGACUCAAACGGAAACGACGCUAUAGAUCCCUGUGUGAGCGACUUUCUGCUGACCCACAAAGUCUUCAUGCCCUCCGGCCAGCUUUGUCCGGCACUACAGCACCAAUACCAGGCAGAGCUCUCUGAGGGUUCAGACCAGGAGAAGGCUUCCUACACUCUCACGACAAAGCAGAAGGUAGUGAAGCUGAUUGGCCAGUGGGUGGCGCUGUAUGGCCUUCUGCUGAAAGAGGACCCUAUAGCUUUGGACUUCUUGGAGAGGUUGAAGAAGGAGGUGGCAGGUGAUUUUCGUCUCUCCAGCAUACUGAAAGAACAAUUUCGGGAAAGGAGGAGAACAAAAAUAUUGGAGAAUGGGUAUCAGUCACUGAGCAGGAACCAGCAUUUCGAUUGGUUUUCAAACUGUGAGGAGCCAGUGGGGAGGUUACAACCAAUCAGAGCACAAGAUAAGGUGCUGUAUGAGAUCUACAGGCCAGACAGCAAACCCCUCACUCUGAUGCUCCCGGUGAACUCAUCUGUACAGGAUGUGAUGUCAGCCAUUGUCAAACCAGGCGGCGAUCACGUCCUGGUCAAAAUGAACUCCACGGGAGAGAGAGCUCAGUUGAAGCUGGAUGCCGCUGCGGUCUACACGGCCCUGGGACUCAACGAGAGACUGUUCAUCUGCACAAGCAGCCAAGUGGAACAGCUGAUGCCUCUGAAGGAGCAGCAGGGUCCAGAGCGAGGAACGGCUGACAUACUCGAACAAAUGAGCUCGAAAGACAUCGCCACCGAACUCACCAGUUAUGACUGGGAACUGUUCACUGCCAUGCAUGAGGUGGAGCUCAUCUACUACAUAUUCGGCCGUCAUAAGUUCCCAGGCGGCAUCACAGCUAACCUGGAGCGGUUUGUGCGUCGCUUCAAUGAGGUGCAGCACUGGGUGGUGACCGAGCUGUGCCUCUGUGAAGACCUGGUGAAACGAGCCAUUCUGCUUAAGAAGUUCAUAAAGAUUGCUGCAGUAUUAAAGGAGCAGAAGAAUCUCAAUUCCUUUUUCGCUGUGAUGUUCGGUUUGAGCAACAGUGCAGUGCACAGGCUCUACAAGACCUGGGAGAGAAUCCCCAGCAAGACAAAAAGAGUUUACUGUGCUUAUGAGAGGCUGAUGGAUCCCUCACGCAACCACAGGGCCUACAGGCUGGCUGUGGCCAAACUCAGCCCCCCCUACAUCCCCUUCAUGCCCCUGCUGCUCAAAGACAUGACAUUCAUCAAUGAGGGAAAUCCAAACUAUGUAGACAAAUUGGUCAAUUUUGAGAAGCUGCGCAUGAUCGCCAAGACAGUGAAAAUUGUACGAGGAUGCAGAAGCCAGCCUUAUGUGUCGUCAUCUCCACAGAGGGGCCUGGCAGAUCGGAUGUUUCUGGAGGCGCCCGCGACCCGCAUAUCUACAUACUCCGACCACGCCCUGCCUCUGAGGAGUCCCAGCAACAUCCGACACUACAUUCAGAACCUGAAGGUGAUCGACAACCAGCGCAAACUCACACAGCUCUCAAGAACAAUAGAAUGCUAGGACCUCAAUCUGCAACCGUGCAAAGACUGUAAAACUGCAGCGCACACAUGAAGCAGAGAUCGUAGCUGGAUGAAGAAAACCUCCACUCCCGCCUGAAUGAGAUGGACCUCUGGAGGUCUGGAGUAUAUUCACUCUUAUUCCAAGAGCUUGGACAUUCAUGGAUGAGCUGUCUGCACCAAGAUAGAAAACAUGCUGCAUGCACAGUCAUGACCUCCAGUGCAGAACCAGAGCAUCCCGCUCCGUGCCCACGAGACCUGUGGGAUGCUUCUUAUUCAAAAAGCCUUACAGCACACCAGUGUGUACAUUUGUGUGUGUGUGUGUGUGCCACCGUGGAAACGGAUGCCCUCACACAGGCAGUGUUACAUGUACAGCUGAGCGAAGAAAACCCGUCUCUGAUGUCAGAAUUCAUAAAUAUACAUUUUGUAUCCUGCUGUCUCUGGUUCACUCCACAAAAGGGCCAUAGGAACACAUACUGCAGAUAUCUGCCAUAUAUAAUCACUUAGGUCAGUCUUUGUGCACUAGGAUUUUCACUUUAAAACUAAUAUAUUGUGUCGGAUCAUUUGUUGGCAACAGGGCCACAAACUGCCAUGCAUAUGAUUUCAUACAAUGUUGUUUUCUAAAUAAAUUAUUUUCUCAGUUAUGUGUAUUGAAUGAAAGCACAAGAAUUUGUAAAAA